AUGAAGCAAUUGGAGUAUCCAAUUGCGCUAACAACCCUGGAUGCCCAGCAAUGGACAGACAUAAUGUCUCCGGUACUUCAAGUGCGCCUUCUGAAGGCGGGUGUCUGCCGUGAUUUCCCUCGGGAUGUCGUAUUUGCUCCGCUGUCCUAUCAGGGUCUUGGACUUCCACAUCCGUUUGGUUGUCAAGUGUUUAAGCAUCUUGAGAUGUUGCUCCGACAUAUGGCCAACAGGACCAAAACUGGGGACUAUAUGGAGGCCAACACCCAAGCCCAUCAACUUGAAACGGGGAUGUCCUUUGGACUUUUGCAACAAGUCUACACAAACACGGCGAUCCUCGCUUCAGACACAUGGAUGAAACAAGUCUGGCAUGAGCUUGAAGGUUUGGACAUCUAUGUUGCCUACAACUCUCCAGCCCUCUCCCUUUGCUGUACGGACGACUCCCUUCUGAUGGAUCUCUUCAUCUACUUGGAGGUUGAACAGGAGGAACUUUUAUGGCUCAAUUGGUGUCAAAUGUUCCUCCAGGUAUGCACAGUGUCUGACAUUGUGACUGCUGAUGACAGGUGUAUUUGUCGCUCCGCGUGGAAUGGGCUCAGGGAUGAGCGCUGCCGCUCGCCAUACCAAUGGCCAAGGACAGUUCCCCCAACAAGGCACUGGGACCUGUGGCAGAUCACCUUGUCCAGAGCCCUGCUUGCCUCCAACGGGCCACAUCACCCACUACAACAGCCCUUGGGGCCAUGGCCUGACCGUCUGGAGGACUGGAAUUGGUUACUGUCCCCCACCACAGGCUUUUCCACCGCCAUGGCGCAACCAGGAAACACUUUUGCUCUGAGGGCUCCCACACCUUGUCAUGUCGCUACGCACCAGGGCCGUCCCAUCCUUCCUGCCCAUGGUGGACUGCACCGCUCCCUUCUGACGUUCUUUGUGCUACGGUUCGCUCCAUCACAGGAUCUGACAGGGUUCUUCUCACUGGUACUGGCCGUGCCUCUGAACUGUCUUCUCCCUCCAGCCCAUCCAUCCUUCGCGCAUGGCAGACAACUAUUACGGGUGGGUUCCCAAUGA